UCCUGUCCAACUCAAGUCUCAUUCUUCAGUUUUGAACCAAAAAACAGAGAAACUUUCCAGGCUACCAAGGACAAAGGAGGAAGAAACACCCAAAGCCCAAAAAAGGCCAAAUCCAGAAUAUGGGUUUUACUUCUUUUUCAACUGUUUUCUCCUUCUUCACCUUCCUCCUUUUCAUCACAACCGCAUCUGCAGAAACUGACUCUACCACCCUUUCAAUUCUUCUGAGCAUCAAAGUCUCGUUAGACCCAUCAGACCAUAUUCUCUCCUCUUGGUCUCCCAAUGCCACUGACCCCUGCAAUGGUUCAUUUGUAGGCAUUGCCUGCAAUGGAAAUGGCCAAGUGCUUAACAUUUCUCUCCAGGGUAAAGGGCUAACUGGAAAAAUCCCACCUGAGAUUGGUCAGCUGAAAAGCUUAUCUGGGUUGUAUCUGCAUUUUAAUCAGCUUCACGGAGGUGUGCCUAAAGAGAUAGCUAACUUGACUGAGCUCUCUGACUUGUACCUAAAUGUCAAUUAUCUUACUGGUGAAAUACCUCCUGAGCUGGGAAAUAUGCCUAGUCUUCAAGUAAUGCAACUCUGUUACAACAAGUUGACUGGAAGCAUUCCCACUCAGCUUGGAUUUUUAAAGAAGCUCAACGUACUUGCUCUGCAAUACAAUCAGUUGAGUGGAGCGAUUCCGGCAAGUCUUGGGGACUUAGUGAAUUUGACGAGGAUGGAUUUAAGCUUCAAUGGCCUUUUCGGUUCCAUUCCUGUCAAAUUCGCUAAUUCCCCAAAUUUGGAAUUUCUAGACAUCAGAAAUAAUACUUUAUCUGGAAAUGUACCAAUAGCCUUGAAGAGACUGAAUGAAGGAUUCCAGUUUGCAAAUAACCCAGGCCUAUGUGGAAUUGGGUUUUCUACCUUGAAUGUCUGCACUGAUUCUGGAAUAAACCCAAAUAAACCUGAACCAUUUGGUCCUGGUUCAAGUCGUCUUCCUUCUAAAGCUAUACCUGAGUCGGCAAACGUCCAGCGAAACAGCUUGAAUCAAUCUAGAAGACCUCAAACAGCUAUUAUUGUUGGACUUAUUGGACUAUUUGCAGUUGUGGCUGUAAUAGGAGUUUUUACGUUCUUUUGGUACCGUCGCCAGAAGCAGAAGAUUGGGAGUACUUAUGAUGCAUCAGAUAGUCGACUCAGCACUGACCAGGUCAAGGAGGUGUGCAGAAGAAGCGCUUCUCCUCUGAUCAGUCUGGAAUACUCCCAUGGCUGGGAUCCAUUGGCUAGACGCCAAAUUGGUCAUGGCUUCUCACAGGAAGAAUUUGACAGCUUCAUGUUCAAUCUGGAUGAAGUGGAGUCUGCAACACAAUACUUCUCAGACACAAAUCUGUUGGGCAAGAGUAGUUUCUCAGCUACCUACAAAGGGAUAUUGAGGGAUGGGUCCAUUGUAGCUAUAAAGUGCAUUUCCAAAACUAGCUGCAAGUCUGAUGAAUCUGAAUUUUUGAAAGGAUUAAAUUUAUUAACCUCAUUGAAACAUGAAAAUGUCCUGAGAUUAAGAGGCUUCUGUUGUUCAAAAGGCAGGGGAGAGUGCUUUCUCAUAUAUGACUUUGUCCCUAAUGGAAACUUGUUGCAAUACCUUGACACAAAGGGUGGCAAAGUCAAGGUUCUUGAAUGGUCUACCAGAACGUCGAUCAUCAAAGGCAUUGCUAGAGGUAUUGAGUAUUUGCAUGGGAAUCAGGGAAAGAAACCUGCUCUUGUCCACAGAAAUAUAUCAGCUGAAAAGGUGCUCAUUGAUCAACAUUACCACCCAAUGCUCUCAGAUUGUGGACUGCACAAACUAUUGGCUGAUGACAUCGUGUAUUCAACCCUUAAGGGCAGUGCUGCAAUGGGAUAUUUGGCUCCUGAAUACACCACUACAGGUCGUUGCACCGAGAAGAGUGACAUAUAUGCGUUUGGCAUGAUUAUAUUCCAGAUCCUCUCUGGGAAAUGUAAAAUCAGCCAGUUGAAUCGUCAAGGGGCUGAGUUGGGAAGGACUGAAGACUUCGUAGAUACAAAUCUUGAAGGGGACUUCAGAGAAUCAGAGGCAGUUAAGCUUGGAAAAAUUGCUCUGCUUUGCACCCAUGAAGCUCUUAAUCAUCGGCCUACCAUCGAAACUGUGAUGCAACAAUUGAAUGAACUAAUCUGCAGUUUCUGAUCAUCAUAUGCAAUGGUUACCCAAGUAUGACCAUUUCAAGAUGGUUCACUAACUUCUGACUUAUGAUGAGUAGGCAGCUUAUUUUAGUAUGCUUUGUCUUCCAAAGAACAGUUUUGAAAUGCAAAGCCUGCUUUAGAUUAGAUUGUAACAUGUAGGAGCAUUCAGGACGUAGAUAGCAUGGGAAGGUAUUCCCUGGGUUGUCACAUUAUGUAAUUUAGGCUGUGUCUUGGCGGGCUUUGUGUAAUUGGCAAUGAUCCAUGGUCAGCAUGACCUAAAAUUUGUAUGGUAUUCCCAAUUGCCCUGUUUAUUUGUAGAAGUCAUUGUAUGAAGCCUAGUGCAAUCAAAACCAUGUAGUUGAUUAA